GAAAUGACCCUGCUUUACUGGGUCGAGAUUGGUUGACCAAGUCGAAGUUAGAUUGGUCAAGAAUUUUCGCAGUAAAGUCUGAAUCGGUACCAGGCUCCGUGACCGAGGUACUGUAUAAGUAUUCUAGUUUGUUCUCUGAAGGGUACGGGACUGUUAAAGAUUAUAAAGCCCAGAUUCAUUUGAAAGAGAAUGUUCAACCGAAAUUUUGUAAAGCUCGAACAGUACCAUUUGCUUUACAAGAAGCUGUAGAUAAGGAACUGGAUCGGUUAGAAGCUGAGGGGAUUAUCUACAAAGUAGAUCGUAGUGAAUAG